UUAGUUAAGAAAGAAAGAAAGAAAAAAUGACUACCCUUAAAAGUUUAGAAGCCAAAGGCAUCCCUACUUCAACCCCAGUCCGAGGAGCAGGAGAUGGAAUGGAAACAGAAGAGCCCCCUAAGUCUGUUGAAGUCACCCCUGGAGUCCAGCCCAUAAACCAACAAGUCCUCCAGAGUCCACGUAAGAACGUCCCCUCAGACAGCCCGGGCGUUCUUCAGCUGGGAAAGAUUCUCACGGAAAAAGCAGUAGAAGUUGAAGCUGUGAGAAUAUUUGUUCCCAAAGCUGCCAUCACUCACGACAUCCCCACCAAAAGCUCAAAGGUGAAGUCUCUAGGACAUCACAGAGAAGAGCUCCACACUCAGUCAGAGGUGGUCACAGACCCGAGGAAGGAGCUCUCAGAGGUAAAGAAGGCUGUGGAAAAGCUCAAGAAUUCUGAAAGGAGGCUGCUUCAGGACAGAGAAGGUCUUUCAAACCAGCUCCGAGUACAAACAGAGAUAAACCGUGAGUUAAAAAAGCUUCUGGUGGCUUCGGUUGGAGAUGACCCACAGUACCACUUUGAACGUCUAGCCCGGGAGAAAAACCAGCUCAUUUUAGAAAACGAAGCACUAGGGCGAAACACAGCCCAGCUUUCCGAACAGCUGGAACGCAUGUCGAUACAGUGCGACGUGUGGAGAAGCAAAUUCCUCGCAAGCAGGGUAAUGGCAGAUGAACUAACAAACUUCAGAGUAGUUCUCCAGCGUCAGAACCGAGAUGCCCUCAGCGCUAUACAGGAUCUCCUGAGUGAACGGGAGCAGUUCCGUCAGGAAAUGAUCGCUACCCAGAAGUGUUUGGAGGAACUCUUGGUCUCCUUACAGUGGGGAAGACAGCCAAUGUACUCCCCUACCACGCAGCCCCACAGCACAGCAGAACUAGCACUUGCGAACCACAGGUUGGCAGAGGCGGUACAUUCUCAUCUUCUGGGGAAUGUUGGCAUCAGCCACCAAAAGGAGGUUCCAGCAGCAGUAGAGUUCUGCAGUACCCCAGCUGAGAAGAUGGCUGAAAAGGUUCUACGUAUUUUGGAUCCGGUUACCUGUACAGAAAGCUCACCAGACAACCCAUUUGCUGAAUCUUCACCAAGCGCAUUACUCACUACAAAGAAAAAUAUUGGACGUUUCCAUCCCUAUACCAGAUAUGAAAACAUAACUUUCAAUUGCUGCAAUCAUUGCCAGGGAGAACUCAUUGCUCUUUAAUGCGGAGUGUGCUGGAGGUGUGCUUAGUGUUCUACAGUCAUUUGGGAGCUGGGGAUCUUACGAUGCUAGAAAUAAAUCAGUUCAUCUUUAUAUAAUACAUACCCACGAUGAUAUUUUAUGUACUGGAUUCCAGAUUAUUUUCUUAAUAAAUAUCUCAGGAUAAGAAAAAGUGAAGCUAUGUAGAUAUAUUUAAGUACAAAAUACUUCCCAGGUAGUACAGUGUUUGUGCUAAAAGAAGAAAA